AUGGCUCGCACCUCUUUCUUUCAUAUAAAAAGGGGAAACGUCUGGAUUUGUGCCGUAACCCGCCAAAAUGUGGGUGCUGCAAUGGUGUUCGAGUUCCUGAAUAAAUUCGCCGAUACAAUGCAGUCAUAUUUUGGCAAACUCAAUGAGGAGAACGUCAAAAAAAACAACUUCGUGUUGAUCUAUGAGCUGUUGGACGAGAUUGUGGAUUUCGGUUACCCGCAGAACACGGAUCCAGGGGUUCUUAAAACGUUCAUCACUCAACAAGGUGUGCGCACUGCG